UGGUAUCAGUUUGAGGAUCCUCACGAUGCUGAAGAUGCGAUUCAUGGUCGAGAUGGAUAUGACUUUGAUGGUCACCGCCUAAGAGUUGAGCUUGCUCAUGGAGGCCGCAGGCAUUCAUCGCCUGUCGAUCGCUGUGACAGUUACAGUAGCAGCAGCAGUCGUGGACCAUCAAGAUCGAUUCUGUUUGCAGUUCUUGUCACUGGGUUGCCUUCCUCUGCUUCAUGGCAAGACCUGAAGGAUCAUAUGCGCCGAGCUGGUGAUGUCUGCUUUUCUCAGGUCUUUCGUGAUCGGGGAGGCAUGAGGGGGAUUGUGGAGUACACAAGCUAUGAUGAUAUGAAAUAUGCUAUUAGGAAACUUGAUGACUCUGAAUUUCGAAAUACAUACUCUCGUCUCGUGCUUAUAUACGGGUAA